GCCAGCUUCGCGAGCCGCAGGGCCGCCACCCGCGAGUGAGCCUUGGAUCCCUCAACGUACUGCGAGCCGCCGGUGUACAGCCCGGACCUGUGCCCCAACAUGAUCGCCGCCCAGGCCAAGCUGGUCUACCAGCUGAACAAGUACUACACGGAGCGCUGCCAGGCGCGCAAGGCGGCCAUCGCCAAGACCAUCCGCGAGGUGUGCAAGGUGGUCUCGGACGUGCUCAAGGAGGUGGAGGUGCAGGAGCCGCGCUUCAUCAGCUCCCUCAGCGAGAUCGACGCCCGCUACGAGGGGCUGGAGGUCAUCUCGCCCACCGAGUUCGAGGUGGUGCUCUACCUCAACCAGAUGGGCGUCUUCAACUUCGUCGACGACGGCUCGCUGCCGGGCUGCGCCGUGCUGAAGCUGAGCGACGGGCGCAAGCGGAGCAUGUCCCUCUGGGUGGAGUUCAUCACGGCCUCGGGCUACCUCUCGGCCCGCAAGAUCCGCUCCCGCUUCCAGACCCUGGUGGCGCAGGCGGUGGACAAGUGCAGCUACCGGGACGUGGUCAAGAUGAUCGCCGACACCAGCGAGGUCAAGCUGCGCAUCCGCGAGCGCUACGUGGUGCAGAUCACCCCGGCCUUCAAGUGCACGGGCAUCUGGCCCCGCAGUGCGGCCCAGUGGCCCAUGCCCCACAUCCCCUGGCCCGGCCCCAACCGGGUGGCCGAGGUCAAGGCCGAGGGCUUCAACCUGCUCUCCAAGGAGUGCUACUCGCUGACGGGCAAGCAGAGCUCGGCCGAGAGCGACGCCUGGGUGCUGCAGUUCGGCGAGGCGGAGAACCGCCUGCUGAUGGGCGGCUGCCGGAACAAGUGCCUGUCGGUGCUCAAGACGCUGCGGGACCGCCACCUGGAGCUGCCCGGCCAGCCGCUCAACAACUAUCACAUGAAGACCCUGCUGCUCUACGAGUGCGAGAAGCACCCCCGGGAGACCGACUGGGACGAGGCCUGCCUCGGCGACCGGCUCAACGGCAUCCUCCUCCAGCUCAUCUCCUGCCUGCAGUGCCGCCGCUGCCCCCACUACUUUCUGCCCAACCUCGACCUUUUCCAGGGCAAGCCCCACUCGGCCCUCGAGAGCGCGGCCAAACAGACCUGGAGGCUGGCCAGGGAGAUCCUCACCAAUCCCAAAAGCCUGGACAAACUAUAGGGGGGAGGAG